AUGGGAAAACUUGAAAAUACUUCCUGGAUCAACGAUCCUCUCAUGAAGUACCUGAACAGCACGGAGGAGUACCUGGCUCACCUCUGCGGACCCCGGCGCAGCCACCUCUCCCUCCCAGUGUCUGUGACCUAUGCGUUGAUCUUCGUGGUGGGGGUGAUGGGCAAUCUUCUAGUGUGCCUGGUGAUCCUCCGACAUCAGACCUUGAAAACACCCACCAACUACUACCUCUUCAGCCUGGCUGUCUCAGACCUGCUGGUCCUGCUCUUUGGGAUGCCUCUGGAGGUCUAUGAGAUGUGGCACAAUUACCCCUUCCUGUUUGGGCCGGUGGGCUGCUACUUCAAGACCGCCCUCUUCGAGACUGUGUGCUUUGCCUCCAUUCUCAGUGUUACCACAGUUAGCAUAGAGCGCUAUGUGGCUAUCGUCCACCCGUUCCGAGCCAAGCUGGAGAGCACGCGGCGCCGGGCCCUCAAGAUCCUCAGCCUGGUCUGGGGCUUCUCUGUGGUCUUUUCUUUGCCCAACACCAGCAUCCACGGCAUCAAGUUCCAGCACUUUCCCAAUGGGACCUCCGUGCCCGGCUCUGCCACCUGCACAGUCACCAAGCCCAUGUGGGUGUACAACUUCAUCAUCCAAGCCACCUCUUUCCUCUUCUACAUCUUCCCGAUGACCCUCAUCAGUAUCCUCUACUACCUCAUGGGGCUCAGACUGAAGAGAGAUGAGUCCCUUGAGGCAGACAAAGUGACUGUGAACAUUCACAGACCCUCCAGAAAAUCAGUCACCAAGAUGCUGUUUCCUUUGAUCCUUUUGAUUCUAUGCUGGGCCGGAACAAAGACAGAACAACUGAAAAUAUAG